AUGUUUUCUCACAAAACUUUUAGGAUCAAACAAUUCCUGGCCAAGAAACAAAAGCAGAAUAUUUCCAUUCCCCAGUGUAUUCAGAUGAAAACUGUCAAUAAAAUCAGGUACUACUGUAAGAGGAAACAUUAA